GAAUGGGGUCCAUUACUUUUGUCACUGCUCUUCACUCCAAUCAUCCAGUGGGCAAGAAAGUGGCAGAGGCGCAGCCACUUCGAAAGUGUGAAAUCUGAAAAAUCAUCCAAUCAAUGCCCUGAUAAUCCCAUAUCUGCGGGAAUUCAGCUUUCUGGUUCUCGAUAAAUAAACGUAGAAAGAAAAAUCACGAAUCUUUUGGAUUUAGAUUCGAUUUUUGUUUUCUUACUACCAUUUUAGAAUCUAGGGUUGCGUCCGUUGGUUUUCUUGGAAUCAUGUCUAACUGCUGAGUUUUGCUUUGAUUUUUGGCGAUUAUGGUGACGAUAAAUAGCUCGAUCGCUGCUUGGAUCAGUCACUUUCUUGCUUGCAUGGGUGGUUGCUUUGGAUGCUGUACUGGACCCACACCAAUUAUUGCUGUUGAUGAGCCAUCAAAGGGGCUAAAAAUUCAGGGGCGCAUGGUGAGAAAACCUAGUAUAUCGGAUGAUUUUUGGAGUACCAGCACAUAUGAUCUGGAUAACUGCACUGUUCAGUCUCUAAAAAGCAUCUCAUCUAUCAGCACAUCAAACCAAAAUCUCAAUUGUGGCAGUGGCAUUGGUAGCACAAGCAGCAAUUCUGACUUUGUAAAUCAUGGUCUUCUUCUCUGGAAUCGAACCAGGCUUCAAUGGAUUGGAAGUAGCAGGUUCAGAGAUCAGUCGCAUCAAAGUCGGGAACCCAGAUUAAGUUGGAAUGCAAGCUAUGAAAGUUUGCUUGGGACCAAACAGUCUUUACCCCAGCCCAUUCCUCUAUCUGAAAUGAUAGAGUUUCUUGUUGAUGUAUGGGAGCAGGAAGGGCUGUAUGAUUAAGUGUAUUCGUAUCAAGAUAAGAGUCUUUUGUAUAUAGUUGAGGGCUAAGGAGGAACAAAAGGAUCGAACACAUUUUUCUGUUUCACUUGUAAUACAACAACACACUAAUGACAGUA